UACCCUCUCAAAUUCUAUAAUACAAGACUUCACUUCAGUGCGCGACCAAAUUCUUUUGGGGGUCAACUGCAAGAGCAGCAACAGAUCAACUAUGGAAGCUGUGGUUGGAGCUCGACUAACCCUAGCUCUCUCCAUUUUCGCAUUUUUUUCACUUCUCUCUACAUCCUUCUCUCAGGAGAUCCAAAUCCUCAACGCUGAGCGUAGAAUAGACUUAACUUCACAUAUUGUUAAGGUCUUCUUGACUUUAAAGGUGGAAAAUACUGGGACAACUGAUGCUUCUGAAAUCCUUCUAGCUUUCCCACCUACUCAAGUUGAUCAUCUGGCAGUGGUCAAAGCACAAGCAGCUACAGGAAAGCGGAAGAAGCGAACUUAUGUGCCUCUUGAUGUAAAGCCAAGAGAGCUACCUGAGGCACCAAAUGGAACCAAGUAUUUUGUCAUAUCUUUGCUAAAUCCAUUAAAAUCGGGUGAAACUGCAACCCUGGAGGUGCUCUAUAUACUAACACAUUCUCUGGAACCUUUUCCGGCUGAGAUAAGCCAAUCAGAACCACAAUUGGUAUAUUACCAUGAUAGUGCUAUAAUAUUGUCACCAUAUCAUAUUAGGCAGCAGACAACUUUUAUCAAGACACCAACUGGAAAAGUAGAAUCAUUCACAAGAGUGGAACCCACUAACCGUGCUAGUUCAGAGAUAAAAUAUGGACCAUAUGAAGAUCGUCCACCAUAUUCAUUUUCCCCAAUAAUUAUUCAUUUUGAGAAUAACAAUCCAUUUGCUGUUGUUGAGGAGCUUGUUCGUGAAAUAGAAAUAUCUCACUGGGGCAACCUUCAGAUAACAGAUCAUUACAAGUUGGUUCAUGCUGGUGCUCGACACAAAGGCGUGUUUUCAAGGGUUGAAUAUCAAUCUAGGCCAUCUAUUAGUGGUACAUCAUCAUUCAAGCAUCUCCUAGCAAGACUACCGCCUAGGGUGCAUUCUGUCUAUUAUCGAGAUGACAUAGGGAACAUUUCAUCAUCUCAUUUACGUACGGAUUAUCGAAAGUCUGAACUUGAAAUUGAACCACGGUAUCCUUUAUUUGGAGGUUGGAAAGCUACUUUUGUCAUUGGUUAUGGCCUACCUUUGCAAGAUUUCCUUUUUGAGUCUCCUGAUGGAAGGCGUUACCUCAACUUCAGCUUUGGCUGUCCUCUUGCUGAGACUGUUGUAGACAAGUUGACCAUCAAAGUUGUGCUGCCAGAGGGGUCCAAAGACCCUUCAGCUGUGGUUCCUUUUCCAGUAGAGCAACACUUGGAGACAAAAUAUUCAUACCUUGAUGUUGUUGGGAGGACUGUGGUGGUUCUGGAAAAGAAAAAUGUUGUUCCUGAACACAACUCUCCAUUCCAGGUGUACUACACAUUCAACCAAAUCUUCAUGCUAGCAGAGCCAAUGAUGUUGGUAUCUGCAUUUUUCUUCUUCUUCAUGUCUUGUGUAGCUUACUUACACAUUGAUCUUUCAAUACACAAGUGAAAAAAAAAGCAACACCAUUCACCAAGGUAUGAUAUUUGAUUCAUUAGUUUCAGAUUUAAAAGCCAACACCAAUUAUGGUCUUUUUGUAUCCUGGAGCUUAGAAUGGUGUCAGUUUAACUUGGUUAGCAUCAGACUGAUGCAAUUCGGGAUUUAGAAUACGUCAGUGAACAAUUUUGAGUAGUUUUUAGAUUUUGAGAUAUUAUGUAGUGAAAAUAGUUUGCAAUUAGAAAAUAUUAUAAAUUUUGUUGUUUAUUAGCGAGAUUGGCUUUUGCUUUUCCAUUCAUUGGUGAGCAUUGACCUUUGAACUGUUCUAUCUUCUUACAUGCUUCAUUUUCACCAUGACAAGUGAGAAAGUUAAGGAAGACAAAGCUAUGACAUGCCCAUAUACUUUAUAACUGUGUUUUCUUUUUCCUACAUUUUCCCUUUGACCAAAUAUAUUUCUCUGUUUAGAGGGUAAUGGAAAAAGUAGGAGACAAUUUUAAUCUCAGUUGUCAUCCUUAUCAUUCUCUAUUAUCAAAAUUUGUAAAAUCUGUUAUUACAA